GUCAUGCACAGAUAAUCAAAUGUAUGUAGCAAUCAACAGGCAAUAUCUACAGUCACUGGGUUAUAAUAUUCAGCAUAUAACUUUGAACAAUGGUGCAUCCUGUGGGCCUGACAUCUCCCUAAGUUACAUAAUAUUCUUGAUUCCAUUUGAAGGUUGUGGUACUUUCAUAGAGGAAAAAAAUGACACCAUCAUCUACUACAAUGUGAUUUUCACAAGUCAAACCGAUGCAAUCAUUACCAGAAAAAGGAUUUUCCACUUGCAUCUCUUCUGCAAAAUGAGAAAUAAUAACAUGGUAGAAGUCAAAUACUUGACAGAUGGAUCCAUUGAUAUUUCCAGAAGUCAGGAUGGUCAUUAUCACUUGAAUGCCUCCUUUUAUAAAUCUUCAUUGUUUGAACAUCCAGUGAUUGAAUCUCCGUACUAUGUAGAACUCAACCAAGAUGUUUUCUUGCAAAUCGUGCUAAGCUACCUUCAAUCAAAUCUGAUACUUUCUGUAGAUACUUGUGUGGCUUCUCCCUAUGCUGAUGGUUUUAGAUAUUUGACUUAUGAUUUAAUUCGAAAUAGAUGUGUGAAAGACUCUAGCUACAGUACUUACUCUUCUCCAAGCCCAAAUAUUGUCAGGUUUUCAUUUAAGGUCUUCAGGUUUCUUAAGCAUCAUAAUGAAGUUUAUCUGCAGUGUCGAAUGCUCAUUUGCAAAGCAUCUGCCUCCUCUCAGUGCCUACGAGGCUGCACAUCUAAACCCAAGCGAGAAACACAACCUGAUUGGGACCACUUGGAUAUUGUGGUGGGACCAAUUCGUCUAAAAAAGGAAACAUCUCUGGAUAAAAAGCCUGCCAUGGAUGGGUAGUUUCCUGGACCACCUUAUGAUAAUGGAAGAAGACACACUUUCUGACUGGUGGAUUUAAAAUGUGUUGCUACUGAAAUAAAUCUAUUAAAAAGGAACUAGGGUAAAAAAAUUAAAUGGAUCUGAGAGCAAGAAUAUCUUCAAGUUGGAAUAUGUUUCUGAAAAGUUAGUUUAUGGUAGUUUCCAGAAUUUGCAGUCAUGUAGAAGAGAGAACAAUUAUUCUGAAAAAGGUAAAGGCAUAAUAACAAAGGGUUUUCUGUGUGUUAUGAAAGGUAACAAUAAAUGAAUAUAUU